AUGGCGGCGUGUCUUGAGAAGCGUGACGAGGAACUUCGGCUUCUGAAGUCGGAGCUGAAAGAGGCACACAGUGCGCAGCAGGUGGCCGAGACGGCUCUGCGUGCGGCAGAGCUGGAGAGAAACGAAGCUGAGGCCAGCGUGGCUCAGUUGCAGCAGAAGCUAGCAUCCAUGCAGGCCAGCCCAGCGCAAGUGGCGCAGGACAGGGACGAGCUGCGAGUGUCCGAAUCCCCGGCGUCAUCAGGGCAAUCUGCCGCAGCCAUGCUGCCGACCCUGCUGACUGGGUCGCCUGGGGAUGAGCAGGUCCGCCGGCCGUCUCAGGUGCUGAAGGACUGCGGCCAGCGCGGCCGCCUCUUCCGCGAGAUACCCAAACCAGAGGCUGGUGCUGAUGGCCCCAAGAGCUUGUGGCCUGAGGCGACCUGCGAAGGCUACGGCCUCAGCUCCGAGGCGCGGGCUGAGCUCCGGGCCAGCAACCGCCAGGCCGAGGAAAAUGCUCGGCAAAGCGGAGGUCUGGCAGAGGAGCUCCUGACCUUGUACCGCCAGCAGUUCAAUCGCGACCCAAAGACCGCAGCCGCCUGGCGCAAUUUUCGAAUUCGGGGGGCCGCGUGGCUGGAGGAAUCAGGUUCCAGUCGCUCCAUGGCACACGCACCACAUUUGCUACAUCUGGUACAUCUGCACCUUUUACAGGACCACCUGGUGAACUUCGCGCAGGGCCUCCAGCGCAAGCUGCCAUACCGAGCGGCUGCGCAGCUUCUGGCCCGGUCGCCAAAGAAGGUUUGA